CUCUAGUGCUCUUCUUCGGACAAUCCAUCUUCUUUUUUCUUAUUGUCUCUUUCUCCACAGCUUUCAAUCAAACAAAAAAAAAGACCAUUGAUCCUUGUCCUUUUAAAAAAAAUUAAAAUACAAACUCAUCUCUUGUACUAUUUUUUGUUCUUUUUAAUUCUCUCUGGUUUGGUAGUAAAGAGAGACUCCACAUCACAUGGUAUUCUGAAUGGGUCUGUGUGUGUGGACUUGUUCUUCUUCUUAGGGAUGUGUUUGUUCCAGUUUCAAAGAAACCAAACCAAGUGAAAAAGAACAAACCCACCCAUUGUAGGUUGCUUGGUUGGAAGCAAAACUGGCAGUUGGGGGAAUUCCUCUUUUGAGAGAAAAAAAAAAGCAUUGUUCUUUGAGAUGGGUUUCAUGAAUUGAAGAAAUCUCUGGAGAGAGGAAGAAUAAUGGAUUACUUGUCUCAAGAGGAAGAUUUGCAUUUCUUUGAUGCCAACGAGGAAGAGAUGAUGAGUCCAACUGCUUUUGAUUUCGACGUUUGGAAUGAUUCACCUGGAAGUGUUGUGGAACGGAGAAGGAGGUUCUUGGAGUGGAUGGGAGUCGAAGGAGAUCUCAAGAGUUUGGAUGGAGGUCGAGAGAUUUGUGUUGAAGGUGAGCAAGUAUCUGGAGAAUUCAGUAGUUUCUCUAGCCAGGUAUCUUCAACUGAUUCUGGUUCAAGCGUGGUUGAAGUUUCAGAGGAGUUGUCUCUGAGAGUUGAUAAAAAUGUGGGUGGGUGUGAUGUUACCAGAAGGGAAAGCUCUUCAAUGGCAGCAACUUCUCAGGUGAAGAAGGAAACAGAAAAGCAGAGCAAUAUCACCUGCCGGAAGAAAGGAUGGUUAACAAGGCUGCUAUCUAUGGGAUGCUCCGCGGAUACAAAGGUGGAAUCUGGUGGUGGAAUCAGAGCUUCUUCUGGCUAUGGCGAUGUGCUCACAAGAGUUAAGGUGAAGCACUGUAAGAAACAAGCGAAGGAGCUUUCAGGUCUUUACCAGAGUCAAGACAUUAAAGCACACAGUGGUUCCAUCUUGGCUAUGAAAUUCAGCUGCGACGGAAAGUAUCUCGCAAGCGCUGGUGAAGAUGGGGUUGUGCGUGUGUGGAAAGUCGUUGAGGAUAAGAGAUCUAGACUACGAAGGGAUUGCCUUGAUGAGAUAAACCCUUCUUGUAUGUACUUUGAGGUAAACGAUCUUUCCCAGCUGAAACCGGUUUUGUUGGAUGAGGAGAAACCAAACAAGACGACAGAAAGUUUCAGGAAGACAUCUGAUUCAGCCUGCCUUGUCUUUCCUCCUAAAGUUUUCCGGAUAGUGGAGAAACCUUUACAUGAGUUCCGUGGCCACACUGGUGAAGUCUUGGACAUCUCAUGGUCAAAGGAUAAUUGUCUUCUCUCAGCGUCAAUGGAUAAAACUGUUCGGUUAUGGAAAGUCGGUAGCAAUGCUUGCCUUGGAGUUUUCCCUCACAAUGGUUAUGUAACAUCUGUGCAGUUCAACCCUGUAAAUGAGAACUACUUCAUGAGUGGUUCAAUUGAUGGGAAAGUUCGGAUUUGGAACAUUUCUAGUUGCAACGUUGUUGACUGGGCUGAUCUAAAAGACAUUAUAUCCGCAGUGUGUUACCGUCCGGAUGGACAGGGAGGAAUCAUUGGUUCUCUUACCGGAAGUUGUAGGUUCUUUAACAUGUCUGGAGACUACUUAGAGCUGGAUUCUCAGAUACAUUUGCAUCACAAAAAGAAGUCUUCCAAUAAACGGAUUACUGGUUUUCAGUUCUUACCUCAAGACCCUAGUAAAGUCCUGGUUGUUUCUGCGGAUUCCAAAGUUAGAAUUCUCCAAGGGAAUGAUGUUGUCAGAAAAUACAAAGGUGUUUGUAAGACGAGAAGCCUCACAUCAGCAUCUCUAACGUCUGAUGGAAAGCACAUUGUUUCAGCUUGUGAGGACUCCAAUGUAUAUAUAUGGAGCAAUGGGGAGGAACCAGAUUCAUCAUCCCAAACCAAGAAGAUUAAAUCCUUUGAACGUUUCUCCACCAAUGCGUCCGUUGCAGCAACCUGGUGUGGAUUCUCAGAUCACAACACAUCUCUCCCGUUUGCAUCACCUCCUUGCUUGUCCCUCAACGAAGGAUACGUCCCUGGAUCAUUUCCCAAAGGGAGUGCGACAUGGCCAGAGGAAAACCUACCUGCAAAUCCUCUUUCUUCAAUGACUGCAUCUCACUACAAGUUUCUCAAGUCAUCAUACCAGAGAUCAACUAGCUCUCUGGCUUGGGGUAUGGUCAUUGUAACAGGUGGUUGGGACGGGAGGAUCAGAACAUUUCAAAACUACGGCUUGCCUGUGACUGUAACUUGAAAGAAUACUGGUUUGUUUUUUUCCCAACUUUGGAAAAACAAAAAUCAGAUGCCAUUGUUCCUUUCUUGCUAGGCACAAGCACAUGGUUGAUGGUUCUGGCAGGUCAUGAGAAAAGGCUACGGUGGGUCCAAACACACAAAACCAGAUCUAUCCUGAGAUUUUUGCUAUUGUUCAAUAGUCAAAGGGAGACUCAGAAAUGCUAUUUUUCACUACUCAAAAGGAGAUGAUGUAGAGAAAUCUAUCACAAGAAGGGUCAGUGAGAGAUUGAUGGAGACGCAGGGGAUGAUAAGGAACAGAUGUUUCUUUCUUUGGCAGUAAGUGGCGGUUGGGAAUGGGUCUUAAAAAGAGUACGGAUUUUUCUGACAAAAUAUUGACAGGCGAGUGUGGGGUCCAAAGGAAGCGGCAAGAGAUCAUGGAAAGGAGUGGUUGCAGGGGAAAGACGUUGAUGUUACUUCCACAGAAAAGAUCCUCCAUGGAAGAUCUUUGAUAUGGAAAAAAAAAAAGAAAAAGAAUAGGUUUUAACGGUAGUGAAAGGUUUUGUUUGUGUAGUUUGUUUCUAACCUGUAGGUGAGUUUUAUGCUUAAUUAGUAGAUUUGAAUAUUUGGAUUUAUGUCUGAUUAGAGAAAAAAUCAAUUGAUUAUUAGCUCCCUCUACCUCAGAGAGAGGCUCCGAGAAUUUGUUUUUGUAAUUUUUUUUUUUUUGUCAUCAUUUGUUUUUGUAAUUUUGUGUAAAUAUAUGAUCUAUUAGUACAAAUACAACCCUUUUUUUUUAUUGAU